GUUGGCGGUAAUGCACACCGCAAGUCCAACAGCCAAUACCACGGCAACGAAGAAGACGACAUAGACGUCAUCAACGCGCGAUUGGAAAGCAUGGGUCAAUCGUUUAUCAAUACGCGAUAGACAUAAUAAUAAAUGCCACUAGGCACUGUAUUUUUCCACAUACUGGUAAAAUGGCAUUGUUCCAAGUAAACAGGUAUCUUGGAGAGGAUGAAGACGGCGGUAUUUCAAAGGAGUCUCGGUCCUUGAAGUUACUUGCUAAACUGCAUGAGAAGGCAAAAGAGAAGCAGGAACGUUUCCCAGAGCAGACGUUACAGCUUUCUGACAAACAUGCAGGUCGUCUUGAUGGUAAAAGGACAAGAAAUGCUGACUAUGACAGAAGUCAAGAAAUUAACAAAUGUAAAAAGAGGAAGUCAGAAGCAAUAAAAAGUGUUUUGGACCAUGAAAUCCACCAUGAGCCCGCUGAGGAUGAACAGAAGAAAGGUGUGAAGCAAAAUGGUCAAUCAGUUUCAGGAAGCCCAGUCAACAGCCCUUCAGAGACUCCUGUCACUGGAAAAGAUGAGGAAGAUAAAAGGACAGAUUGUCAUAUUGAGAACACAAAGACUUCGGUUCUGUCUGGAUUCACACUUCUGGGAGGAUAUGAGAACAAACCAGUCCAUAAGGUGCACAGAGUCUUGCCUCAGUGGCUGGCUCAGCCUGAUGUUAUCGAAAGAGACAUUAAAAGCAAACUGCUGCCAAUCUCUGACAUGGGAGGACUGUCUGUGCUACUACUAAACAAGCUCCACAAUAAUGGAAUUCAGCACUUCUUUCCAGUGCAAGCAGAGGUUAUCCCAGCCAUCUUGGAGAGUGCCCAGCAUGGGACAGUGUUUGGAAGAGCUGGCUACAAGCCCAGAGAUAUUUGUGUUUCUGCACCAACAGGCAGUGGCAAAACUCUGGCUUUCGUCAUCCCCGUCAUACAAGUGCUGAUGGAGAAGGUGGUGUGUGAAAUACGUGCCUUGGCUGUGCUACCUACCAAGGAGCUCGCUCAGCAGGUUUGCAAAGUAUUUUUGACAUAUGCUGAGGGAACUACACUGUCAGUGGUCAUGCUGGCGGGUCAGAAGUCCUUUGCAGCAGAGCAGGCUUCACUUUCUGAACUGAGAGGUGGGCAGAGACGCAGUCUGGCUGACAUUGUUGUGGCCACCCCUGGUCGACUUGUCGACCAUAUGAACAAGAACUCUGGCUUAUGCCUGGAUCACCUUAGAUUUCUUAUAAUUGAUGAGGCAGACAGGAUGAUUGACAGUAUGCAUCAGUCUUGGCUCAGUGAGGUAGCGAAGGCAGUGUACAGGACAAGGGGACCAGAGAAAAUGUCCAUCUUCAGGAGAAUAGCACCCGCGUAUGUCACAGCUGCUAGUAUGUCUCGUCCUCAAAUACCACUUCAGAAGCUGCUGUUUUCUGCCACACUCACCAAAAACCCAGAGAAAUUGCAGCAGCUGGGCCUGCACCAGCCCAGACUUUUCAGCUCUGCCAAACCUCGGCCGAUCCUCAGCGAUCCUCAUGAGCGCUUUGACUUCCCCCAAGGUCUGACGGAGUUUUAUGUGCCUUGUACACUCAGCAAAAAGCCUCUCAUCAUUCUCCAUUUCAUCCUGGGCAUGAAGCUCAACCCCAUUCUUUGUUUUGCCAACUCCAGAGAGACUGCUCACAGACUUUACCUACUGGUACAACUCUUUGGUGGAGUUCAAGUGGCAGAGUUUUCCUCCCGACUGUCUCCCAGUGAGAGAAAGAAGACGCUAAAGCAAUUUGAACAGGGAAAGAUCCACCUAUUGAUCAGCACAGAUGCAGCUGCCAGGGGCAUUGACAUCACAGGGGUCAAAUGUGUUGUGAACUACGAUGCUCCGCAGUACAUCAGGACGUACAUUCACAGAAUUGGAAGAACUGCACGAGCUGGAAAAGCUGGCCUCGCCUUCACCUUCCUGCUUGGAGUACAGGAGAAGAAGUUCCUUGAGAUGGUUGCUGUGGCAGGAAGCCCAGGCAUCCAAAAGCAGAUCAUUAAACCUGUAAACCUGAUGAGUAUGGAAGGCCGAUAUGAACAAACACUAGAGGAGCUUGCUGCGGUCAUUAAGGAGGAAAAAAAGCUUACAAGAUGAUGUGCAUCUUUUAUGAGAUGAAAGGAGAUCAAAGUUCUUGGAGGAAUUAAUCAUCUUCAUUGUCAUCAUACUCAUACAAAAUAAAAUGUAUGUUUUCAUUUCAUGACUGCUUACAGAUUGCCAACCACCUCAUGAGGUUGAUUUGAGAUAAAAACUCUUUCCAUAGAAAUAAUGCUUUAUUGGCUAAAUUACCAGAUGAAGAUUCAAGAUGAAUAGUUACUCCAGGGGUGCAUUAUAAUUAUGGGACUGCUAAUUAUCGUAUUGCAUUGAUUAUGGCGUCACACCGAUAAAUCCGAUAACGUGAAAAAAAAAUAGCUCAGAUCAUUUAAAAACUCCAAUGAGACCAGGUUACGUGUACUUUGAGGUGUGUUACUGGGCUAAGGUGAACAAAUCAAGCGCUUUUUUUCUGUGACAUCCCCCGAGCUAAAAGGUAAACAAUCAUGGCGUCCAUCGACGGAAACUGCACAAAGAAAGAAGCACCCACAAAGCUAGCCGCACUGGAUGACCAGCCUUUUACCAUUGUUGAAGAUACUGGAUUUUGUCAGCUUGUAAACCACUUAGAGCGAUGGUAUGUACUUCCAGGCCGUUGUCAUUUGUCAGCAAAAUGUGACUUGAUGGCCACACUCCUGCAUACACUGAUAGAUGGAAAUAUGGACAAAAGCUUCACGACUUAUGGAGGUGUGAUGUUGGCCUUGUUAGCUUGCUAGGUCUGGCUGUCCAGUGGCUGGAUAAGGUCUUAAAACUACACUUUUGUUGGUUCGAACAAAAAACAUCCGUUCCUAGAAAGUUCUGUAUCGGUCUUGAGAAGCAGAAAGUUAUCGGUAUUGGUUCAAAAAAUAUAUAUAUUAUGCAUCUCGAAAAUGUGUGUCUAUGUGUUAUUGGUACUACUGAAAGCUAUUUUUUAAUGAAUUACUAGGUGUUGUUCACUCAUUUUACAGUGAUCAGCUCACAAUUUGAAUGAGGAAGGCUGUUGGCAGCUGUUGUAGUCUGGCGUUUCCUCUUUUGGUGACUGGUCACCAGCCAAUCGCAGGGCGCAUAUAGACAAUUCACACUCAGAUCCAUACCUACCGACAACCCACACAAGCACGGGGAGGACUUGCAAACUGUCCAGUGGCAAUUCGAACCCAGGUCUUCUAGAUAUCCUCAUCUGUGGCCAGCAUGCUUACCACUAGGUCACCGUGUGGCCCCGAAUCAUAACAGCUGAUAAAGAAUAUGAGACAUCAGUGUAAUUUAUUCAUUUAUUUAAAAGGACUGCAUAUCAUUUAGACGAGGUUGGUUCAUUGUAUCAAUCUGCACAUGGAGAACACGUGAACAGGUGCAUGUGAUGCAGCUUUCAGGUUGAAGGCUUUUCCUCGGGUCUGCCGGUGUAUCUUGGCAGUGUGGAUCGCUGUUGGGAGGUCCACUGUCAUCGGUGGGUUUCGAGACACUGGACUGCUGGAUGCUGGGGAGGACAGCACGGGCUUGGGGACUGGGGGUGACACUGGUUGUGACAACAAAAGAAGGAGAGAGACCGGCGGCAUGUGAGCUGAGGGAAUUGUGGAGCUGUUCGGUUCCUAAACUUGAAGAGAACGACUUUAGUGGUUUUAGAUCACAGGAGGAGGACAGCAAUGAAUGACUUUUCCGGUAGAUUCCUGUUAGCCGUAUUGCACGCACUGUUUGGAUAAAAGCCUUUAUUUUAUUUUAUUAUUUUUAUGAUGUUUAAAUUAUCUUUCUGUGCAGUGCGGCCUAUUUACUGUAUAAUUUUUUUUUUGUCUUUCAAUUUUGCGGGUAUAUAUUAAGGGUGUGACACAAUCUCACAAGAUUAAAAUGUGGCAAGAUGUCUCAUGGGCACUAGGUCUGGGAUGAUAAAUUAA